UGAGAAUGCGGGCAAAUACACGAACGUGGAAGAACCAAAACAAACACCGACGAACGCGAAGUCUUCUAUAGAGAAAUUUUAACCAUAAUAUAAGAAAAGCGAAGACCCGUGAAGAGGAUCCAGGGGAUACAAACAAAAGUCUAAAGUCCUAUAAAGGAAGAAAGAAAGAAAGAAGUCUUCGGUCAAAUAAACAAGGUGAUUUUAUGUCACUUUAAGAUUUCUUUGAAGACUUUAUAGAGGGGAUUUUUCUCGGUCUACUAUAUUUUUUUGUCAUUCGCUCAUGGACGUGAGUUACUCUGACACCUAAGUGACCCAAGAAGGAGAAUGAUGUCUGCUGUGACGAGAAGUCUUCCAGGAUUAUGGAAACGAGUCAAGACGUGCAGGAUGGCUGCUGGAAUCUUCCUGUGGGAGCAGAAGAAUGUGAGGCUUUGUCACUCAGCAUGUGUGAAGCAACUUCCUAGCUCUUCCACAAAAGUUUUUAGAAGUAACUUGCUUCUUCAGCCUCAGAGUUGGUCCACUCCAUCACACAGAAGAUUAUGGGGCUGGCUCAAUACGAUUUUCAACAGAGUAGAUGAAAGCCGCAUCAAGGAUGUUGGUCCUGAUAGAGCCUGUGCUGAGUGGCUUUUGAGAUGUGGAGCCUUGGUCAAAUGGCGGAAUAUGGAGUCCUGGACUAAAGAUUACAACAGCCUGCCAGUUUCAGGUGGAAGGCUGCUCAAAGUUGAGGAAAUUGAUGCCACAGACUCAGCAAUCAUGCACAUUGGAUUUCCUCAUUUUAAAGGUUGCAAACACAUUCGGCGCAUUGUGUUUCACAAAGCCUCAUACCUUGAUGAUGCUGGACUAGAGCAGUUACCCUUAUUGAAGGAUUCUCUUGAAGAACUACAGAUCUCCUCUUGUGGCAAUGUAACAGAAGAAGGUCUACGACACCUUAAGCAAUUAAAGAAUCUGACCUACCUACUUAUAUAUGACUUACCUGAGAUCAAGGACAAAGAUGCCAUGUGCAAGGAGUUGGAAGAAGCUCUCCCCAACUGUGCUGUUGUUUUCCCCUAUGCUUCUGCUAAAGACGACCCAAAUUUAAGGGAAAAAGCAUAAAAAGCUAUAGUUAAAUGAAUCCUUUUAUGUCUGUGAUACAAAUACUGAAUAUAUAUGUCUAUAUAUCUAUCUAUAUAUCCUUCUAUCUCUCUCUCUCUCUAUAUAUAAAUGUACAU